GCUGUCAUUUCAUCAGCUCUAUCACAUAAUCACUUUACUUACACUUUUAGUUCUUUGCUGCGGCACUUGUUUUUCGUUCAUCAAUUAAUUGGUCUCUUAGUGUGCAUCUAUAAAAUUUCCUAGAUGAUUACACGUGCCGUCUGUGUUCGUUCCAUGCUGCGUGGCUUGUCCACAGUGGCGGCCUGUGCGCGCAAUCGCCAUACACAAAGCUCCAUGGUUGAAUAUUUCAAUGAGGUGCGGCUUCUGCGAUACAAUGGAGCCGCUUUAAUGAUGCAGACACAGCGCUUCUACGCCAGCCGGAAGCGUGGCGAUGGCGAUGAUGCGAUGGCUGAGGGCGAGCCCGAACUGUUGUCAGAUCAUCGAGAUUCGCAGCAGCUGCCGGCAACUGUUGCCGUUCCAGAUGUGUGGCCCCACGUGCCAAUGCUGGCGAUGCGCCGGAAUCCCCUCUUUCCCCGUUUCAUGAAGAUAGUCGAGGUCUCCAAUCCGAUUAUAAUGGACCUGUUACGGCGCAAAGUGAAGCUAAAUCAGCCGUAUGUGGGCGUCUUUCUCAAGAAAUCAGACGGCGAGGAGGAGAUUAUACACGAUAUAGACGAUGUGUAUUCCGUGGGCUGCUUUGCACAGAUACAGGAGCUGCAGGACUUGGGCGAUAAGUUGCGCAUGGUUGUUGUCGCCCAUCGACGCAUCAAAAUCACCGGUCAAAUAUUGGAGGAAGUGCAGCCACCGGCGAAAUCAGUGAAAAUGACAACUUUGCAAUAUCCACUCUUUAAUAUAAAAUUACGCAUCCCAGCUGAAGAUCAAACGACUAGCGAUUCCACAUUCAAAUCGGUCAGUAGAAGCGCACGCAAAGCACGGGGACGCGCACCCCGGCGACAAACGCAGAAUCUAAGCGAUGCUGCCACCACCGAGGAGGUUGCCCAGAGUCAGACGCUGGAGGCACCACUGGCCAGCGGUCGUGUGGAGCCAGCAGCUGCACCAACCAAACCGCUAGAGAAUGACGCGACAGCCUCUGCUGAUGUUGCUGAAGAGUCUACAGCCCCAAAUGGACCGCCAGUGCUGAUUGUGGAGGUAGAGAAUGUCAAGCAGCCGGCGUACAAACAAACCGAAGAAGUCAAAGCUUUAACGCAAGAGAUUAUUAAAACCUUGCGCGAUAUCAUCACCAUGAAUCCUUUGUACAGAGAAAGCUUACAGCAAAUGCUGCAUCAGAAUCAACGAGUUGUCGAUAAUCCCAUUUAUUUGUGUGAUUUGGGCGCCUCACUCUCCUCGGGCGAGCCAGCUGAGCUGCAGAAAAUUCUCGAGGAAACCGAUAUACCUCAGCGAUUAUUACUCGCAUUGGCACUCCUUAAAAAGGAAUUGGAGUUGUCUCGAUUGCAGCAAAAGAUUGGACGCGAAGUGGAGGAGAAGGUCAAGCAGCAGCAUCGCAAAUAUAUACUGCAGGAGCAGCUGAAGGUCAUCAAAAAGGAGCUGGGCAUUGAGAAGGAUGACAAGGAUGCCAUCGGUGAGAAAUAUCGCGACAAACUCAAGGACAAAACAGUGCCGGAGAACAUCAAAACUGUCAUUGACGAGGAACUGACCAAGCUGAACUUCUUAGAAAGUCACAGUUCCGAAUUCAACGUUACACGAAAUUAUUUAGACUGGCUCACCUCAUUGCCUUGGGGCGUUAUUAGUCCCGAGAACUUGUGCCUUGACAAAGCCACCGAAAUUUUAAACAACGAUCAUUAUGGCAUGGAAGACAUCAAGAAGCGUAUUUUGGAAUUUAUUGCUGUUAGCUCUCUAAAGGGUACGACGCAAGGCAAAAUUCUGUGUUUCCAUGGGCCGCCUGGAGUUGGCAAGACGAGCAUAGCGAAAUCAAUAGCGAACGCCUUGAGUCGCGAGUAUUUCCGCUUUAGUGUGGGCGGAAUGACGGAUGUAGCGGAGAUCAAGGGUCAUCGGCGCACCUACGUAGGCGCCAUGCCCGGUAAGCUGAUACAGUGUCUGAAAAAGACCAAAACGGAGAAUCCUCUGGUGCUCAUCGAUGAGGUCGAUAAGAUUGGAAAAGGCUAUCAGGGUGAUCCUAGCUCUGCUCUGCUCGAGUUGCUGGAUCCCGAGCAAAAUGCCAAUUUCCUUGACCAUUAUUUGGAUGUGCCCGUUGAUCUGUCCCGUGUCUUAUUCAUUUGCACAGCGAAUGUGAUAGAUACCAUACCCGAGCCACUGCGGGAUCGUAUGGAACUCAUCGAAAUGUCUGGAUAUGUUGCCGAAGAGAAGGUAGCCAUUGCGCGCCAGUAUCUGAUACCACAGGCCAUGAAUGACUGCGGUCUAACGGAUAAACAGGUUAACAUAACCGAGGAUGCGCUAAAAAUGCUCAUACGCAGCUAUUGUCGCGAAUCUGGUGUGCGUAAUCUGCAGAAGCAAAUCGAGAAGGUCAUACGCAAGGUGGCCUUCCGGCUGGUCAAAAAAGAGGGCGAAGAGUUCCCAGUGAAUGCCGACAAUCUAACAACGUUCCUGGGCAAACAAGUUUUCAGUUCGGAUCGCAUGUACGCAACGACACCAGCCGGUGUUGUCAUGGGCUUGGCCUGGACAGCCAUGGGCGGAUCAUCGUUGUACAUUGAGACAUCCCGGCGUCACAUUCGUUCAGAGAAACCCGAAGCGAACAGUGGAGCAUUACACCUAACGGGCAAUCUGGGCGAUGUAAUGAAGGAAUCUGCACAAAUUGCCUUGACUGUGGCCCGAAACUUUUUGUACACAUAUGAUCCAAAGAACAAGUUCCUAGAGCAAGAACACAUUCACCUGCAUGUGCCUGAGGGCGCCACACCGAAAGAUGGACCUAGCGCUGGUGUUACUAUAAUCACAGCAUUGGUUUCACUAGCCACCGGCAAGCCAGUGCGUCCGGAUGUGGCAAUGACGGGCGAGGUUUCCCUAAUGGGAAAGGUUUUGACUGUAGGCGGCAUAAAAGAGAAAACCAUUGCUGCUCGUCGCAGCGGCGUCACAUGUCUUAUUCUGCCCUUUGACAAUAAGAAGGACUUUGAUGAGCUGCCCAGCUUCAUUACCGAUGGACUGGAAGUGCACUUUGCCAGCAACUAUGAUGAUGUCUAUAGGAUUGCCUUUGCAGAUCCACAGCUAUUAGAAACAGAUAGCAAAAGUGAAUCUGCGGCGCCGCUUGAAAAGAUAGCCAGUGUUUCGGCUAAGCAAGCCAGCACAUAGUCGUAUCGACUAACUUUAGGCUAAGCACUUUGGGUUGGGUGUUUGGGGACACAAGCUGCGUUCAUGUAAACUUUUUGGAUAUGACCUAUGUUAAUCUGUUUAUUAGUAUCUAAAUAGCUAUAUGUAUUUAGAGCAAAGCAUUUGGUUAGCUAAUGCCAGGUAAAUUAAAUGUAUAUGGUAAUA